AAAUCGUCAUCACUUCACCUCCCACACACCCACACCCCCGUCUCUCUAAGUUGCUCUUACCUCACAUUUCUUCUCUAUACCAGUCAUCUCACACAAUGUCCGCUCGCAAACCCCGACGGGCACACUCCAACCAGGGCACCAACAACAUCAACAACCCGCGGCACCACCAACAACACCUGAGCCAAAGCGGCUUCGCCCAACCCUCCGACUACGACUCCGACUACCAAACCUAUCUCUCAGACACUCAACACCACCAACAACUCCCCAUUCACGCUCACCACCCCCCACAAACACACCAACAACUCCCCCCAAUGACAAGCACCGCAACCACGACGACGACGACGACCACCACCACCACCACAGCCCCCGCGCCGCCGCCCCUCCGCACCAACGAAGACCUCAACCUCUCGGUCCUCCGCCGCCACAACCCAACCAUCACCUCGAUUCUCUCCCUCGCGCAAUACGCCGUGGUCUACAUCUUCAGCCCCAGCACGCGGCAAUGGGAGAAAAGCGGCGUGGAGGGGACGCUCUUCGUGUGCCAGCGAUCGCAGGGCGAGCUAGGCGAAGAGCGCUACAGCGUCUUCGUGCUGAACCGUCGCGGGCUCAACAACUUCGACCUCCCGCUCACCGACGGCGACAACGUCGAGAUCACCGAGGAGUAUAUCAUCCUGAAGUCCGAUUUGGCGCCGGAGGUGGUGGAGAAUGCUUCCAUCCCGGGGAUGGUGCCGCCAGCCAAUUCUACCGCUGCUGCUGCUGCUAAGCCUUCGGGGAAUAGUGGCGGUAAUGGUGGGGAUAUUCGGAUCUACGGGUUGUGGAUCUACAGUGAACCGCCGCCGAAUUCCACGGCCGAGACGCGCAGCAUCAACGCGCAGAUGAUCCGGGAGUGUGCGGUGCAUGCUGGGGAGAGCUUGAAGCUGGCCAGGGAGCGGGUCGAGGCGACGCGGCAGAAUGGGAUGCAUGUUGCGGCGGCGACGGCGGCGGCGGCGGCUACGACGGGCGCGCCGUUGGAGGAGGUGAGCACUAGUGUGGCGAUGGGAAGGCAGGUCUCGCUCAAGGAUCUGUUCGGGCAGCAGCGCGCCCAGGAUGAUGGGUGGAGUGUGCGCGCGCAUCAGAUCGCGCCGGCCGAUUGGCAGCAUGCGCCUCCGCCUCCGUCGCAGCCGGGUCCGGGUCCAGGACCGGGGUCGGGUCCUGGAGCUGUGCCGGCGCUGCAGCAGGAUGUUCUGGGCGAUCUGUUUCGGAGAGCCGGGCUGGCGUAUCAGGGGGGUCAGUGAGGUGUGUCUUUUGUGUGCGGAGGGAUGCGAGAGGAUACCCAUGAAUGAUGGUGGUAUGAUUAGCGCAUAUAGAAGUUUU